AUGGAAGGUUCCUUUAAGCUGAGCCAUGAGCAGGCACCCUCUCCAGCAGACUCUCGGUAUUCUAAGAAUCCACCUCCUUAUCCCCCCCCUCAGACAAGAGGAGAGAGGUUAUCCCACGUAUACCCUGUGUACAUCCAAGUGCCACCAGUGGUCCAGACCAACUUGUUCACUGGCUUGCCGAGGAUGACAACUUCCAUGCCAAUGCAGACCAUAUGUCCCUACUGUGGGAACCGCAUCAUCACAGUGACAACUCCUGUCCCAGGCUUGCUCACCUGGCUGCUAUGCAGUGGCCUCUUUGUAUUUGGGUGCUUCCUGGGCUGCUGCUUCCUCCCAUUCUGUGUGCGGAGUUUCAUGGAUGUGCAACACUCCUGUCCCGUGUGCCACCAGGAGCUCUUCUACCACCACCGCCUGUGAUCUGCACUAUAAACAGCAAUGAAGCAACAUCAGUGUGUAUGUGUGCCCCUGCAUACCCAUCCCACAGGGGGAUGGGGUGAGCCAGUGAUAACAUCCUCCACCUCCUCUGUCUGUCCAUGGCUGAUGGACGGCACCUGUGUAUGUCGGGGUCCCAGCAUGAGUUGGUUGGUAUCUUCUUGGGGAGGGGUGGAACGCAUGCCCACCUAUCUCCAGGUUCAGCCUCCUCUGACUGCAGAUGCCACAGUCCACCAGCCACUUCUUCCCUUGCCCCUUCCCCUCAGCCCCAGCUUCUACCUCUUUGGGGAAACCUGUUACCCACACCCUCACAUGUCUAACCCCCCAAGCCCACAUCCAGGUUCACACCUGCUGCCCCUUUCCCUAGGGACACGUGUGCUCCAUCACUAUGUGUAAUACUAAGAGAGCCUUAUCCUUUCUUCCCUACCUGCCUUGGGCCUGCAGUCUGGAUCAUCUGUGCCCCAUAGGCUGCAGAUAUCCUCUGGCCACCUCCUAGUAGCUUUCCUCAAUUUGCUCAAGGCCCCUUCCCCCAUUUCUCUAGGCUUCCAUCUUUCCCUCCAGUAUCCCACAACCUUCUACCCUGGAUGCCUGAGGCAAAACCAGCAUGCUGGGCUGGGGAGAUGGCCCCGUAAGUAAAAAGAUUUGCCUCACAAAUAUGAGGACCAGAGUUUAGACCCACCAGAACUCACAUGAGUGUUGGAUGGGCAGGGUGGCCCACCUGUAAUCCCAGUCUCAGAAGUCACAAGCAGAGGAAUCCCAGAGCAAGCUGGCUAUUUAGACUAGCCUCAUCAGAAAGCUCUGGGUUUGACUGAGAGACCUUGCCUAAAUAAGUGAAGCAGAGGUUUGAAGAUGCCCCCUCCAAUCAACCUUGGGUCUCCAUAUUCAUGUGCACACAUGUGCACCCGGGUAUGUGCAAGCACACAUACAAAAAUGGGAAUGGAGACCCUCAGUGAGUCCCUGCAGGAGUAGAUGCAUGGGGAGGGCAUGGCCAUCUCCUCUCUCCCAGACACCUUGGAUGCAGCCCUUGGUUCUUGUCCUUUCCACUCACUCAAAAUCUGUUCCCCUCCAUCUUGUGUCCUACUUGGCUCUCGGUCCUACUGCCCCUUCCAUUUCUCACCAGCCAGCAGCCUGUGGCUAACCCAGAUUGGGUGAUGGAGUUAACAUCGACAAGAAUUCACCACUUAUUUGGGAGGCUGA